AUGGAGGAGGUCUUGGAGAGGCAAGAGCGAGAAAUAAGAGAAAGAAGGCGUAGACGAGCUGCAAGCAAAAGAGCCCAGAGAGAUCUAGAUCAGCAACUUGUCAUGGCUGUGGCUUUGCUUGAUGAAGAAAACCAGAGCAGUCGUGGUUCACAUGAAGGCCGUGCAGCAAAUGUUGACAGACAUAGGCAUUCUCGGGGUAAGAAUCUUAUGGAAGAUUAUUUUAUCCCAACAUCUCUGUACUCUGAUAGAAAUUGUGCUGGUGUUUUGGGACUGCUUCCCGAACAAAAGUUCACAGCUAUUGUACGAAUGUUGGCAUAUGGUGCAUCUGCUGAUCAGGUGUGGCACGCCUUCUUCGGAGUUGCUGGAUCACAAAAUGACUUGAACGUCCUAGGUCAAUCCCCGGUGUUCAACGAUGUUUUGAGAGGAGAAGCCCUGCAAAUCACAUAUGCAAUCAAUAAUACCGUCUACCAAACUGGGUAUUAUCUAGCUAACGGCAUCUACCCGAGGUGGACAACAUUUGUGAAAUCACUUCGGCAUCCCCGAACCCAGAAGCAAAAAUUAUUUGCUACCUAUCAAGAGAGUUACAGAAAAGAUGUGAAGAGGUGCUUUGGUAUCCUCCAAGCUCGGUGGGCGAUCAUUAGGGGUGCGGCCCGUAUGUUUGAUGAGGAGGUGUUGAGGAGCAUAAUGAUGACAUGCAUCAUCCUCCAUAACAUGAUUGUGGAGGAUGAGUAUGAUUACGAAGCUGAAGAGUUGUACGAACCGGAUCCCAUGAACACGGUCUUGACAAGAAUUUAUGAAAAACUCAUAGGGCCAAAUGGAGAACCAUUGGAGCAUGAACCAUUGGUUAGAGAUGGUCGUUUCAUGAACCGUAUGAUUGAUCGAUAUACGGAGAUGUAA